CCGAACUAUUUCCUGUUGCUGCCGCGUUAAUGCUAAACAGACCUUUCCCUCUCUUCCCUCGCUCCAGCCAAAGUGCAGCAGGCUCCCACCGCCGCCCGCCGUCCCGAUGCCCAGCACGUGCUGCCCGCAGAGCCCCUGAGCGCGGCCGGGCGCCGCGAUGGAGAGCCGCAAGCAGGACAUGGAGCUGCUGAGCAACAGCAUGGCCGCGUACGCGCACAUCCGAGCCAACCCCGAGAGCUUCGGGCUCUACUUCGUGCUGGGCGUCUGCUUCGGGCUGGUGCUGACCCUGUGCCUGCUGGUGCUGCGCAUCUCCUGCCGGCCCCGCGCCCGCCCCCUGCGCCGGCCCCGGCCCGGCCCGCCCGACCUCAGCGAGGACGACGACGACGAGGACGAUGAGGAUGAGGAGGAGGAGGACACCAUCGACCGCGCCGCCUCCGAGUCGCUGCUGCCGGUGACCGAGAUCCCGCUGGAGAGCCACGGCCCCGGGGACGGCGCGCUGCCCGUCAACGUCUUCGCCUCGGCCGAGGAGCUGGAGCGGGCGCAGCGGCUGGAGGAGCGCGAGCGCAUCAUCCGCGAGAUCUGGCGCAACGGGCAGCCCGACAUCCUGGGCACCGGCACCGGCACCCUGGGCCGCGUGCACUACUACUGAGCGCGGCACGGUGCGGCACAGCCGGGGGGCACGGGGGGACCCCUGCCCCCACCCCGGUAACUCGGCCGGUGCCAGUGCCACAAGACUCCGCGGCACUGAUGGGGGCUGAGAGUGGCAUAUAACGUGGUUUGGUGCCGGGACUGGGGAGCACAGCGGGGCCGCUGGCUGCCCAUGGGGUGGAGAACCCCCAACCCCCCACCCCCACCCCCCCCGGAGCACGUUGGCACCAGCACCCGGUGCCACCAGCACCCCCAACCUCUCCUCUGCCGCCACGAGCAGCCGCUGCGGACACGAUGCACUUUGAGCCAUUGGUACGACUGCCGGCACAGGCCAGCAGCCCCAGGACCCUGCGGAGACAGGGACAAGGACAAGGACAAGGACAAGGACAAGGACAAGGACAAGGACAAGACAAGGACAAGGACAAGGACGAGGCAGACCCUGCCCCGCUGGCCCCGCCGUCUCUGCGCUGUCCCCGGAGGGACGGCACCCCGCUGGCUGCGGUCGGGCUGUACACCCAGUGCGAUCUGCGGGGUCCUGUCCUGCCCCACCAACACGGUGCUUUCGUCCCCU